CGUGCAUUCUGCUACCCGCACAGACUCAGUAACGCGCUUCAUAGCAUCGCGACAGGAGUCUCCGAUAUCGGAUCCUGCGCCGACGUUUUGGAAGGCUCGUCGUCCCUUGCUUCUUGCGGAGGUGGGGUGAAGGUGGGGGUCAUGCGAGACAUCGGGUUGCCCGCUUACCCCUUCUUCGCAUUUCCCAUAAUAGAACGAUCUCCUCCUCUCACAGAUAAAAAGAUCGCCCGUCCAAUCUCGCACACAUACCGAACAGAUCAACACGACAAUCAAUAGUGUUGGACACGAUGUCGAGAAAUAUGCCCAUUGCCACUGCGGUCGAGUUGCCAAAUCAAGGCAUCGCUCCGACCCAUGAGCCUCAUGGUGGCCAUCACGCCUCCGAUGCCAUGUCUGAGAAACACGUCGAGGCUGGAGAUGAGAUUCCCAGUGACCUAGUCAUGCAUGAAGAAGCUAUGCCAGAGGGUCCUACUACCUCGAGAUGGGAGGAAUGGGCGUAUUAUCUCUACUACAAUGGAGAUUCUGGUGUCGGCCCAGGGUCAUAUGCGCAGACACUCAGUCAGAAUUACCUGACCCAGGCCACACACGACAAGAUCACGGGAGCAAAGCCAUGCACAAACCCUAAUGCCGAUCUUUGUGUCCUCCAAUUCGCUGGACAGGAACGCAGUGUGGCCUCCGUGGCACUCAUUGCCAACGGUAUCACAUUUGCAGUCAUGACCUUUUUGUUCACCACCAUUGGAUCCAUCGCAGAUUAUGAGAACUGGAACAAGUACAUCUUGCUCAUCGCGACUGUCAUCUGUUGGGGAGUUCAAUUCGGUUUCUUGGGUACCAAAGAUGGCAAUGACUGGCAGACUGGUAUCGCCCUCUACAUCGUUGGGUAUAUCGCCUACGGUGUGACCCUCGUGUUCUAUGCUUCAGUCUUCCCCCGCUUGGCUCGAAACACCCAAAAGGCAAAGGACGCUCGACUCAGGCUCGACAACAGUGAGAUCUCACCUGAAGAGUAUGAAAUGGUUGAAAUGCUCGAGAGAAACAGAAUCAGUAACAUCAGUACUGCCCACUCUGACUGGGGUUACCUCAUCACCUUGGCUCUCAAUCUCGCGAUCCUCUUACCUCUGGCUAACAACCCUAUGGUUGACCAAUACACCCUUGCCUUCACCAACUGCUACUGGAUAGUCCUUGGUCUGCCCUGGUUCUUUGUCCAAAAGAACAGACGAGGACCCGCCUUCCCCAAGGACAGCCACUGGUGGUCGAUUGGCUGGAAGCAGGUCUACCUUGCCUUAAAACAGUACAAGCGUCUGCCUUACACCUUCAUUUACCUUUUUGCCUUCUUCCUGCUGGCGGACUCGCUCAACACGACCGGAUCAGUUGUUGGAAUUGUUCAGAAUCAGCACAUCCAAUUCUCUUUCCUCCAAUCCACCUAUCUCGGUCUGUCUCAAGCCGCCACCAGCACUUUCUCAUGUUACGCCUACUGGUACUUCCAGAGAUAUUUCAAGAUCAAGACAAAGGUCAUGUUUGAGGUCUGUGUGGUCGUCACUGUCUUCCUGUCCUUCUGGGGAAUGCUCGGAAUCUGGACCAACAAGAUUGGGUAUCACAACACAUGGGAGUUCUGGUUCUACAACGUCGUGUUCGGCCUUGGUCAAGCUCCUUACUAUGCAUACGCCCAGACAAUGAUGGCGGAGUUGACGCCUCCAGGCUUCGAAGGAAUGUUUUUCGGUCUGUUUGGCAUCACCAACCGAGUCUCUUCCCUCAUCGGACCCAACGUCUGUGCGGCCAUCAUUGACCGAACGAACAAUUCAUGGGACGCUUUCGCUUUCCUCUUCGCCCUUUCUGCCGCUGCCGCCUUGGUCAUCUUCGUCUUCGUCGACAUGGAGAAGGGUCGUGCGCAGGCUAUCGCAUUCUCAAUCGAGGAGCGUGGGUCUGUAGAAGGUGUGAGGGAAGAGCAGGCGACUCAUAUCGUAUCUGGCUUGAAACAUUAGCGUCGGAAGAAUAGCAUGUAUCUUGUUAGUCGGUCGGUUCUUUGACACUUUACGAGAUGUUUAGCAUACAGGCGUACGUGAAGCAGUCUUGCGUGGGGAUGGAGUGCCGAAGCAGGUCCGGC